AUGAAUUAUCAUAAUGGCUGGUCUGAGUUACCUGCUGAAGCCAAAGGCUGUGGCAAAUGUAGAUAUCAAGAAUAUUCUAAAGAACUCCCAGCAACAACUGUUAUAAUAACAUUUCACAACGAGGGAAGAUCAACCCUUCUUAGAACUGUUAAAAGUAUAUUAAAUAGGAGUCCUCCAAACCUUGUAACAGAAAUAAUUUUAGUAGAUGACUUCAGUGACAAUCUUGAUGAUGGGCAGCUCUUGGUAGGACUUCCAAAGGUCAAAGUUCUUAGAAACGACAAAAGAGAAGGGUUGAUACGAUCUCGUGUUAAAGGGGCAAAUGCUGCUACAAGCACAAUAUUAACUUUCCUUGACAGCCACUGUGAGUGUAACAUUGGCUGGUUAGAACCUCUAUUACAAAGAGUCGUACAGGAUAGAACAGUUGUAGUUAGUCCAAUUAUUGACGUAAUCAACAUGGAUGAUUUUAAUUACCUUGGAGCUUCAGCAGACAUAAAGGGAGGGUUUGAUUGGAGUCUUCAUUUUAAGUGGGAUAGCUUAACAUCGAAGGAGAAACAAGCGAGAAAGAGCAAUCCAGUGGCACCAAUUAGAACGCCGAUGAUAGCUGGUGGCUUAUUUAUGGUGGAGAAAGCCUGGUUCGAGAAGUUAGGGCAGUAUGACGUCAUGAUGGACAUUUGGGGUGGAGAAAACUUUGAAAUCUCCUUCAGGACAUGGCAGUGCGGAGGAAGCAUGGAAAUCAUUCCUUGUUCAAGAGUUGGUCACGUGUUCAGAAAAAGACAUCCCUAUUCAUUUCCUGAUGGAAAUGCAAACACUUACAUGAAGAAUACCCGCCGAACUGCUGAGGUCUGGAUGGACGAGUAUAAGCGAUUCUAUUACGCUGCACGUCCCAUGGCGCGGAGUGCCAAUUAUGGAAGUGUGAAAUCAAGAAAGGAACUUCGGGAACGUUUAAAAUGCAAACCAUUCAAGUGGUAUUUGGAGACUGUCUAUCCAGAUCUACAAGUGCCUGAUUCAAAGGAUGUGUCCUUUGGGGAGUUAAAGCAAGGCAAGAAAUGUCUGGAUACACUUGGUAGCCAGGCCGGCGGCUCUAUUGGCCUAUUCGAUUGUCACGGGCAGGCAGGAAAUCAGGAGUGGGCCCUCACAAAAACAAGUUUAGUGCGUCACCACGACAUGUGUUUGACGCUCAAAGAUUCUUCGCCUGGAAAGCCAGUUGCUAUCGAGAGCUGCCGAGAUAGUGACAACAAACAGAUGUGGGAACACACCCCUAAACGCACUCUGCGUCACAGACAAUCUGGCUUGUGCCUGGAUAGCAAAGACGUCAACAGUGGACAACAUGUGACCGUAGAUAACUGUGACAAGGACAAGUAUUCUCAAAUAUGGCAAUUCUCUCUUAACAUGAACAAUUAGUUUCAUUUUCUUUCUAAGAAGUACUUUUCUACGAUCCCCCCCCCCUAAAAAAAAAUAGGCAGUAUUAGUAAAUAUUUUAUAGUAUCUGCCUUCUAAUAAUUUUUUACAAGAGCAGGAAAAAGUUUAGCAGUUUUACUUUGAUUCCAGAAACAUUUGGAAAUCAACGACCAUUCACCGGGAUGGAGGUGGUUGGCGGUGGAUAUUUACCGAGCAGGGAAGUAGCCUGAUAAAUGUCCACCACAAUCCAAUGACAGAAUAUGGUAAAACAGUGAGAUGACAUAGCACAAAAAGAUGAUUUUAACUCAGUUAUAACAGCAAUAAUUACAGUGUUUUCUUGCGCAAGUUUUCGCGCGCAAGUCCCGUGCUGUUGUUCGGAGGUGAAGAGCAAAGGAUAUUUUGAGUUUAAGUAGCGGGAAUACUUAACUAGAAUAUACUAAAGCUUGUAAUAGCAUAAGGUACUUUUCUUAAACUUUUUGAACACGUGCACGUUUUUGUUACUGUAAUCGUAGCAACCCCAUGGGCUUAACAUGACUGGGUUCAAAAUAUCUAGACACCAUCCGCGGACUGCCGUGGAGGUUUACCGAUACAAUCAUACCUGCUUCGCUUUGUUACUAACUUAGGGCUUGGCUUCAUAAUUAACAAGAAUUUUUUAUUUCCCUGCUUUUAAUAUACCUGAGCUCAACCUUAACCAACUGGUGAACUUCGAUUGCUCAAUCGAGCUCAGUUUUAACAGUGUAGUUAAGGUUUAUUCAGUUUCCGAAAGCGUUUGGUACUAUUCCCUCGAAGCUUUUUAUCCUUGAUUAAAGUAUUUAUUAGACCAAUUUUUCACAAUCUAAACGAGAUAGAAAGGGAGAAAAAUAAAUAAAUGAGGGAAUAAAAGGGAAAGAUAGCAGGAGACAAUUACUCUUGCCAACCCCACUCUAAACGGGAUGUCGGUGUUUUAUUGAACAUUAUUAGACUUUUUGAUUUGUAGGCAUGACUGAUCAAAGUAUAAAUUGGCCGAAUUGUGGUAAUAAACUGUCAAACAGAUAGGCAAUUCGAUUAAAAAAUUUAGAACUAGGGAAUAAAGCAUAAUUUUCUCACC